CCUGCGCGGCGGCGGUGGCGGCGGGCGCGGCGGCUGCUGCUGCUGGCCGUUUCCUGGUGGCCUGGCGGCGGCGCGGGGGACGAUGCGGCGCAGGUCCCGGCUGCUCCUCUGCUUCGCCUUCCUCUGGGUUCUGGGCAUCGCUUACUACAUGUACUCGGGCGGCAGCGCCGCGCUGGCCGGCGGCGGCGGCGGCAGGAAGGAGGACCCAAAUGACAUCGAUGCCAAAAGGAAAGACUUGCAUGUCAGUGAUGGUGAGGACAAAGCACAAAGUGUGGAGACAUUGCCUCCAGGCAAAGUUCGGUGGCAAGACUUUGAUCAAGAUGCUUAUGUGAGCGCUACCAUGGUGCGAUCUGGUCAGGAUCCAUAUGCUCGCAAUAAGUUCAAUCAGGUAGAAAGUGACAAACUACGAAUGGACCGAAACAUUCCUGACACGAGACAUGAUCAGUGUCAACGGAAACAAUGGCGGAUAGAUUUGCCAGCCACUAGUGUGGUGAUCACCUUUCAUAAUGAGGCAAGAUCUGCUUUACUUCGAACUGUUGUCAGUGUCCUUAAAAAAAGCCCAUCACAUCUUAUUAAGGAAAUCAUACUAGUGGAUGACUACAGUAAUGAUCCUGAUGAUGGUGCUCUAUUGGGAAAAAUUGAAAAAGUGCGAGUUCUUCGAAAUGAUCGCCGAGAAGGCUUGAUGCGCUCCCGGGUCAGAGGGGCAGAUGCAGCACAAGCAAAAGUACUUACUUUCCUGGAUAGUCACUGUGAAUGCAAUGAACACUGGCUGGAGCCACUUUUGGAAAGAGUAGCUGAGGACAAGACCAGAGUUGUGUCUCCUAUUAUCGAUGUAAUUAAUAUGGACAACUUCCAGUACGUGGGGGCGUCAGCUGAUUUAAAAGGCGGCUUUGACUGGAACCUGGUAUUCAAAUGGGAUUACAUGACACCAGAGCAAAGAAGAGCACGGCAAGGAAACCCAGUUGCUCCCAUAAAGACACCCAUGAUAGCUGGUGGGUUAUUUGUGAUGGACAAAUCCUAUUUUGAAGAACUGGGGAAGUAUGACAUGAUGAUGGAUGUUUGGGGUGGAGAAAACUUAGAGAUCUCGUUCCGAGUUUGGCAAUGUGGUGGGAGCCUAGAAAUCAUCCCUUGCAGCAGAGUGGGUCACGUAUUCCGCAAGCAACAUCCGUACACAUUUCCUGGUGGGAGUGGUACUGUAUUUGCAAGAAAUACACGCAGGGCAGCGGAAGUCUGGAUGGAUGAGUACAAGAAUUUCUAUUACGCAGCAGUGCCUUCAGCCAGGAAUGUACCUUAUGGAAAUAUUCAAAGCCGAAUGGAACUCAGAAAAAGACUUAGCUGCAAACCCUUCAAGUGGUAUCUUGAAAAUGUUUAUCCUGAGUUACGGGUACCUGAUCAUCAAGAUAUAGCUUUUGGGGCUUUGCAGCAGGGUACCAAUUGCCUUGAUACUUUGGGCCAUUUUGCAGAUGGUGUUGUUGGAGUUUACGAAUGUCAUAAUGCCGGAGGAAACCAGGAAUGGGCCUUAACAAAGGACAAGUCAGUGAAACACAUGGAUUUGUGCCUUACUGUUGUGGACAGAGCACCUGGUUCACUAAUAAAACUUCAGGGCUGCAGGGAAAAUGACAGUAGACAGAAAUGGGAGCAAAUUGAAAGCAACUCUAAACUGAGGCACGUUGGCAGCAACCUCUGUCUAGACAGCCGAAAUGCCAAAAAUGGUGGUCUCACUGUUGAGAUCUGCAGUCCUUCUUUAUCACAACAGUGGAAAUUCACACUUAAUCUGCAGCAGUAGAACUUACAAGCAAAAUGCUGUUUCAACUCAUAGACAUCGGGCAAAGUUUUGAUUGAAUUACUGAUGUAUUUCUUAAAACUUUCCACGGAACUUAUAUACCUCAGUAUUCCAUCUUUAUCUGAAAGUAGGAGAGUGCUGAAGCGGACACCAGGGAACAGGUGGACUCGGAGCACUGCAAAGAUUUCACUGAACGUGGCCUCAGCACGGCUCCUUCUUGGUGUGAAGACUUUAACAGUUCCUUUCUGUCUUCAGUUACAUACUUGCACAGCAGAUAACUAACUCUAGGAACAACUGAUGUAUGAUAGAAAAAGGAUCUUGAAAAACGCCUGUGGGGAACAGGGUCUGGGAGGGAGGGUGGGAAAAAUUACCAGGAGAAGGUCAUUUGAAAUCUCCAUUUACAUAGAAAUGCAUUGUUUGUUGUUUCCAAAAACAGAAGUGUCAUUUUGAACGUUUUUUUUUCUUGUGUGUACUUGGUAAUUUGAAUAUGAACUUUUCUAUGAUGGACUCUAAAUAUAAAUAUAUAAAAUAUAUAUAUUGCCAGCUCCCAAUGAUUUGUAUCGAUUUUCAUCACCCUAUAAUUAUCAACGAAGUCAUUGGCGUAUGUAUAACCAGAAAUUGGAUCAAAAUGCUAGAAGAGUGGAUGUUAACGAAGGUGCAGAUUUUGUGCUGCUGAGUAUGAUGUCCGUGCUAACACUGGAUGCUUUGCUUUGCAAACUGGAUCUACGUUUUGAAGCUUCUCCCUCACUGGAGAUCAUGAAACUCAGGAGGAGAAAGAAAACAGCAGAAUAAGCCAAUGCAUCUGCACAGAUGAUUGCUCGGAUUGUUUAUUCCAGCUUGGGAAUUCAUUACACGUGCUCUGGAUAUCGUUAAUCUUGUACUUGAUAUUUGUGUUGAUGAUUUCUGUAAUAUUAUGUCCUGAAAUACUUCUCUUCAUUACAAAAUUGUACGAGUGGUGCAAAUCUUGCACAGAUGCAGCCAUGUGGGUUCAGCACAAUUUUAUUCUGGGCCCUCAUCAUAACAAAAAUUUCCUUGUCUCAAACUCCCCUCUUGAGUUCUGAGAAUAAGGUGGAAGGGAACGUCACUGUUGGCAGCAUGAGGUCUGAAUUUUAAUUUGCAAGGAUGAGCAGUUAGGUAAUAUCUCUGAAUUGCACUUACUUAAUUUAUAGGCCUGCUACUGGGUAACUUUCUUGUUUGUUUUUUUUUGUUUGUUUGUUUGUUUUUUCAUUAUAUGGGGCUUUUGGGUGGAUUCAGGUUUGGCUCUGGGAAUCAGUCUGGAUACCAGCAGAUCCUAUGUGGUGUUUUUCACCACUGAGCCUGUGUGUUUUACAGCGACAACUCAGCUGAUGUCAUUUUUAUAUUAAAAUAAUACUGUCAAAGUUAAAUCAACUUUGACCUGUACUUUCUUAUGUUUGCAUAGACUAUGUACUUUUUUAUUAAAACAAAUAAAUAAUUAAAUGCUUGAAUGAGCUUCUAAAAUGAAAAGUGAGUAGUUUCAGCACUGAUAAGUAACACAGCAUUGGUGGGAGGAAAAAAAGAAAAGAAAUAG